UGUAUUGUAUUAGCAUAAAUUUCCCAAUCUCAAAUACGUCCUUUGUUUAUGGUGCUAUCCGUUUUAUGAGCGCUGUAAUAGCUCUGUGGGAGUUGUUUUAGAAACUAAUUAAUUAUUUUAGAAAAUUUGGUAAACAUGUCUUCCCGAUAUGUAGAGAAAAGCGACGAUAUUACAACAGAUGCUCUACCAAGUCCUCCUAGAGACGGAAGUGAAAAUUCUCGAAAAAAUUCAAGUGAUGAUAGUGAUAACAAAGAAAGUCGGUUUGAAGAAAUAAAUACUAAUAAUAGCAGCGCUCACUCUAGGAAAACAAAAAGUCGGGGAUUUACUAAUAUGAAAAGGAGAAAUCCCCCUACAGCGUGCGCUAGUAUAAUAAACAUAAAUAAUUCAAGCGAUAUCCACGUUGGUGCCAAAGUUACAUACAAUCUUAAUAGAUGUGAAAAAACUGAGAAGCCAGAUAUAAUAGAAACUAGUGCUAUAAAAAUUUUAAGGAAUAACCCGAAUCCGUUAACACAAGAAGACUUGUCAUUUGUUGCUACACAUAUAGAUGAGAGGUGGCGAGAUAUUGGACGAGUGUUAAACUUUUCAGAUGGUCAAAUUGAACAGUUUUUCAUCAACAACAACAGUUACGGGAUUAAGGAGGUGAUAUAUCAGUUACUUUUGGAUUGGUACAGAAAUGAGCCAACUAAAGCGACAAUAGGAAACUUGGCAAGUAUUUUGUGGGGUCAAAAUCAAAAAGAUGUGGUAAAGAGAUGGUCUGAAAGGCAACAUAGUUCGAAUAUAUGAAAUUAAAGACUUUCCGGAAGGUGUCGUAACUUCUUUUGGUUUUUUGGACUGAUUGCAAUAAAACGAUCACUAAUAAAAUACACAUUUAUAUUUUUAUAGAAAUUGUUGAAAUAAUUUUUAUGAAUAGAUAUAAAAAUAAUUCAUAUAUA